UAAUUUCCCAAAUUGAAAACCCUAAGUUCCUAAUCAGAAACACUAACCUACCCAUUUUCUUCUCCCUUCAGCCGCCGAACCCCACCCCCUUUCUUCCUAAACAUAACGCUGAAAUGGAAUCAGACAGGGAGAGAGAGAGAAAAUCAGAGUGUGAUCCAAGCAGCCACCGUUCAGUCACCAAAGCCGCCGCUAGGGGUUCUUUGCCGUCACCGUCGUUGUCAUCCAUGCGAGCUGCAGCGCUGUGUAGUCCAGCCGUCGUGACCUGAGCCCACAUCACUGUCGCCUCGGCUGUUCCCACCGCCGUUGGAUCCGUCGCGCGCGUCACCGUCUGAGGAGCCACCGCCGUCCUUGCUCGUCAUCUCCCUUGGAGUCAUUGCUGUUCAUGCUCCGUCGUUGCUGCCCUUCCAUAGAGACGUGUCGCCAUCGCUGAGUGAUGGAGGAAGAGGAUGCACGAGAGGAGCCGCUGCUGCUGGGUUGCUGUUCUGCCACCGUCACUGUCACGUGAUGGAGGAGGAAAUUGCUCUACCACCAUCCGAGCUUGCAGUUGCAGUUGCCCAUAUUGCUGCCGCAGCUUCUUCGUUCUGUUAUUACUUUCUAAUUGUUAUGCCCUCGGCGCUGCCACUAGAAGUUUGUCAGGGUUAGUUAGAGCUACCGUUCUGAUUCUGCCGCAGCUUGUUCAGGGUUCCUGCUCAUCCCUGUUCUCUGUUCAGCCUUCACCAGAGUGCUGUCAUUGGAGAAACACCACUGAAACUGGGCCAGAUUCACCGGUAAUGCCACUUAUUGUGGUUGCUGCUGUUCUGAUCUCUGUGGGUUUCGACAUUGAGUGACACAGGUUCGAAGACUCAGUUUGAAGCUGUAGGCGAUUGUUAGACCUUAUCUAUGAGUUUUGUUUAUGAGUUAAGUUUCUUUCAUAGAGUUCCUCGCCUUUGUAGCUUUAGUUUUUAUUUCAUGCAGAGGGAUAGGAGUUGUAUCUGAAUUUUAUUUAAAUUCUCUUGUAUAAUGUUUAUUAUUAUUAAUAAGUUUAUGCUUAUUAUUACUUGGUGAUGUUUGCUAUGUGA